AUGAGAGACUCAUUUGUUCUUAUCAUUCAAUAAUUUCAAAGUUUUUGUUAGCGCGAAAUUGCUUCGGGCCAAUCUCAGUACCGAUAACAAUGGCCGAGGAGACGGUGAAUGAAACUCCCACAGGGGAACCAGUCUCCGAGAAUGCAAGCGAGGAGAUGCACGAUGGACACGACGAUUCGUUGUCAUCCUCGUCGAACUGUGACUCGGACACAGACAAUAUGGCUGCCUGCUCAUCGGCAGAAGCUAAGAUGUACCGCCUCUUCGGAAGGGAGAAAUCAGUGCACGAGAUCCUUGGCAGAGGAAAAGCUGCCGAUAUGCUGCUGUGGAGGAACAAGAAGAUAUCUAGUACGGUUCUCGGUGGUGCCACGGUGGUUUGGGUUCUGUUCAUACUGCUCGAGUACCGAUUCCUUACUCUCAUAUCCCACGUGCUAAUACUCUUGCUCUCGACUUUGUUCCUCUGGUCUAAUGCGAUGGCUUUCGUAAAGAAGUCACGGCCCCAUAUCCCGGGAGUCUUUAUCCCAGAGGAGCCAUUCUUGCAGAUUGCAUCUGCAGUUAGACUUGGGCUGAACCAGAGCCUUGCAAUCCUACGAGAGGCAGCAUGCGGGAGAGAUCUCAAGAAGUUUCUUGCGAUCAUUGCUGGACUCUGGAUGUUAUCCAUAGUCGGAAGUUGGUGUAAUUUCUUGACGCUGCUAUACUUAUCUUUCAUAUUGCUCCACACCUUACCGGUUCUCUACGAGAAGUAUGAGCACAGAGUUGAUCCGUUAGCAGAGAGGGCAAUCUCCGCCGUACGCCAACGCUACUCGAGGCUCGUAGCGAUCGUCCUGAGUAAGAUUCCCAUGGGAGGGAUAAAAAGGAAAGCUAUCUGAAGAGCAAAAUCCAGAGGGCUUGGGUGCUGCCAGAAGUCAGUCGUCGACCUUAUCAUAUUUCUCUCUUUUAUUAUUUAUUAGGACUAGCUCUAGCAAACGAGUUUUUGCAAUAUCAAGAUGGUUUGGUUGAUGAGAUAAGGGAAUGAUUGAUCUUUUUGAUGUAUAUUGUGUCUCGACUACUGGUACCAGCAUUGAAUAUUCUGUUGC